GGAAAUUUGGAUAACCCUCAUUUCCCAUUCCCGCCCCCUCCCUCCAAUAAAAGGGGGCCAAAUUGAAAUUUUGGCCAAUGAUUUCAUUUCAUUUCACGAUAUUCAGAAUAUUUUUUAAGGAAAUUAGGGUUUUGUUUUGUUUUCUGGAGCAUAAUUCUCCAAUGGCGGUAAAUCGAAUAACCGUCUCCAGCUGUGAACUCAUUUGUGUGGGCGAAGUAUUUGUAGUUUUGUGUGAAUAUUUUCGAACAGAGAUGUAUAGAUUGAAUUUGAUUAAGCAUCUUAUUUUGUGCAUACAUCUUUCUGUAUUUAUGGGCUCAUUACCUUACGGUUUUCUGUUUGUAAUGGGAUUUUUUUUCUUGGGAAAUUGGAUUAUAUCUUUGUGUAUUUUGUGUGUGCAAAUUCAGAAACCAUUGAUGCAUUAAGUGUAUUAUUGCAAAUAUGUUGCCCUUGUAUUUUAAUUUGAUUGAAGAAACUGAAUUUAUCUGGAGAUACUGUUUGUAGUCUAUUAAUUUCUUUCUCGUGAUUGUUAAUUAUAGUUGCUCUUACACGAUCACCCUCCAUUAUGUAGGUGUUGGAUGUACGUGUUGGAAAUGUGCAAAAAUCAUGCCUGUAUAAUUAUUGCUUAUAGAUAAGGAUAUUCUAUGUGUUUAUUUGUCUUCCUAAUUUGGAUUUUGGUUAGAAAAGAUUCUAUAUUUGUAUCUUAUAAUUGCAAAUUCACACUAAUUGUGCUUAUGUACACACUUAUUAUGUAUGACUGCUUGUGCAUAGUAAACAACCUUCUUGUUAUAAUAAUUAGUUUGAGGGGGCAAGCUCUGUUUUGGUGGCUUCAGUGUGGAAUGGUUCCUGUGAUGAUUGGCAAUGAAGAAUUAAGUACACUGAAACACAUAUAAUGUGAAUGAGAAUGGUGAAGAUUGAUGUAAUUUUAUUUGUAAGGGGUGGUAUAUGAAAAGAGAAAUCGUAAGAAACAAAAUAAAUUUGAGAUAUUUGUAAUAUUGUUGAAGAUUGGGCAAAUUUGUCACAUCCAGCACAACAAAUUAAAUGGUUUUAAAUAAGUUUUUUCAGACUCAAACAAUCAUCUACUACUCUUACAGAUGCCUGAUGGAGAUUAGGGGGUUCGAGGACCCCUUUCUCAUAAUCCAAUGCAUUUUUGAAUUGGAUUAUUAAAAGUAACAUAGGGUUGUUUGGAAUAGUUCAAAUAUUUCGCUAGCAAACACGGAAUUUGAGCCUUUUUUGGCUAUAAAGCGCCAACUAUUACAGCAGUUUAGCGCAUCUUCCGCAUAUUGAACCUGAGCUUAAUAGCUUUUUAUUACUUGUCGUUAUAUACUUUUGACAAGAUUAUAGCUGUAUCUGACGAAUCAUAGUUUUUGAUUCAAAAACCUGGUCUAGGAGAUAUAUUUCUGUGCUAAAUUCUAGUUUUAGAGUUUUGGUAGUGAAAAUGGCUAGAACAGAAGUAAUGGUUGGUGAGAGUAUCCAAAAAGGCAAGGGCGUGAGGAAAAGGCGUCAAGAGGGAGGAAAGUAUGCUCGAUACUCAGAAGAUCAGAUUGAGGUUCUUGAGAAAGCUUAUGCUGUGUGCUCAAAUCCAACCCAUUUCCAGCGGCAACAGAUUAUGCGUGACCAACCUGCUCUGAGGGGCAUUGACCACAAACAACUUAAAGUCUGGUUCCAAAACCGCAGAUGUCGCGAAAAGCAGAAGAAAGAAAGUGGUGAUGUUGCAUCAGAAAACAGGCGGCUGAACGAAGCGAACAAGAUGUUAAAGGAAGAGAAUGAUGGUUUGCAGAAAAAACUAACCCAACUAAUAAGUGAGAAUGGGCAGUUGCGGAACCAAGUCCUCGGUUUAACUUCUACCAUUUCCACCUACCAAUUGGGCCAUCAGCCUGAAGCUAGUAAUCCUCAGCUGCCUGUUAUUGUUGCUGAUAAAGGCCUUGUCUCACUGGCUGAGGAAACUAGGAAAGAGUUCCUCUCUAAAGCUAUUGGGACUGCUAUUAAUUGGGUCCCUGUUCCAUGGCCAAAGCUGCAAAGCCCUGUUUCAGCUGGCAUUAUCUACACCUCAUCCUCUUGCAUUGGAGUGGCAGCACGCGCAUAUGUUACAGUACCCCUUGAACCUUUUAAGAUAAUUGAAAUCUUCAAAGACCGGGCCUCCUGGUCUCGACAUUGCCGUAAUAUGGAUGUCAUUGCUCGAUUUCCUGCAAACAACGGGGGAACCAUUGAGCUAAUCUAUACACAGUAUUAUGCUCCCACUAUGAUGGCCUGUGCUCGAGACUUCUGGACAUUAAGAUACACUUCUCUUUUAGACGAUGGCUGCUUUGUGAUAUGUGAGAGAUCAAUUUCUGGUUCUGAUGCUGCCCCAAGUUCACCUGCUGCACUAGAAUUUGUGAGAGGGAAGUUGCUGGCUAGUGGCUGUAUGAUUCGCCCUAGUGAAGGGGGAUCAACCAUAUAUCUCGUUGAGCACUUGGAUUUGGAGGCUUCGUCUGUUCCAGAGGUAGUCCGGCCUCUUUAUGAGUCAUCUGAAAUUGUGGCCAAGAAGAUGAUUCUUUCUGUACUCAACUAUAUUGACAAUGUGGUCAAUGAGAAGAAUGGCAUCCAGACACUUGAUCCAUUUGAGGAGCCUACUUUUCGGAGGUCUUUCAGUCACAGACUUAGUAGGGGCUUCAAUGAUGCUGUCAAUUGUUUUUCUGAAGAUGGGUGGGCAUUGAUGAAUCCUGAUGCCUCGGAUGAUGUCAUUAUGUCCAUUAGGCGAACUAAGCCUUUUGGAGUCUCUGCAAAUUUCGAUAGCAUAAUUUGCGUGAAAUCCUCUCUGCUACUUCAAAAUGUUUUCCCUGCAAGUAUGGUGAGGCUUCUGAAAGAGCGCCGGUCAAAUUGGAUGAAUUUCGACUUCACUAGCCAUUCUGUAGCAUUUUCCAGAGCUGCCUGCUUUGCAUUUCCAGGAGUGGGUACUCACAAUUUAUCUGAAACUGCGGUUUUGCUUGGCCACACCAAUCAUGAGGAUGAGAUACUGGAAAUUGUACGAUUUGAUAACAUUCCUGAUCGUCAGCAUAAUGCUUCUUCAGGCGAUUUGUAUCAUUUACAGAUUAGCAACGGAAUGGAAGAUACUGAUUUUGGAACUUGCUCAGAAUUAAUCUUUGCACCAAUCGACAGGAAUAUACCUGAUGAUGCUGUUCUAUUAUCUUCUGGAUUUCGAAUAUACUUGGGCACAAGUUCAUACUCCAAUUUGGCAUCAAAUGAGGCGUAUACUAUUAGCAAUGGACAGGCAGUCAUUAACAACCUGCCCACAAUGCUCAUCAUAGCCUUUCAGUUUCCAUUUCAAUCUCAUCUUGUGGAAGAUGUUGAAGCCAUGGCGCGAGACUAUCUUAGACAUGUAAUCUCCUGUGUAAAACAAAUCUCUCUGGAAGCAAUGCUGCCAGGACUAACUCCUGAAACAAACUCUAUUGAAGCAAAUCUGGCCAUGGAGUUCAAUGUCACUUCAGAAUUGGACUUUGUUGUGAACCUCGCCAACUUGAUGUGCCAAUGUUAUAGAUCAAGUUUAGGUGUGGAUAUGUUGGGCUUCAACUGCCAUUCUACUGAUUCAGUGUUGGAACAGAUGCAGAGUCACCCGUAUGCCAUCCUGUGUUUCUCAUUAGCGCAGUCAGUCCCAGUCUGCAUCUACGCCAAUCUAGCUGGGCUCACCAUGCUAGAGACCACGCCUGACAAUCUUCAGGCACUCUCAGUGGAUAGGAUUCUUGGCAGCUCAUAUAAUUUAUCUCUAUACUCGGUCCUCCCAACUAUACUGCAGCAGGGAUAUGCGAUGCUACCACCAGGAUACACUCUAUCGGUGAUGAACCGGGGUGUUUCGUAUGGACAAGCUGUGGUGUGGCAAGUGCAGGCUUCAGAUGGUUCUGUUAAUGGCCUUGGAUUAGCAUUCAUUGAUUGGUGCUUCACUGAUGUGUUUUGAGCUUUGUGUGCUUGCAGAAGUUUUGCUUGUAAUUUUCAUUUUGAAUUUGUGGAAACUUAAAACUACCAUCUGAAUUGGAUUUCAUGAGAACGUAAAACAUUUCAUGCAUGAAUGCAUCAGUGACUAUUGACUUA